AUGAGUGGUCGCUAUCCUCCUGAAGCCGAAGGUCUAAUCCUCCAAGCGUUCGACGAUGAUCCCACUACAAGUACCAGGAAAGCUGCUGCUGAUCUUGGUUUGUCACUAUGGAAAGUUUGGAGUAUCAUGCACCGUGAACGAAGAUAUCCUUUUCAUGGUCUAUCAUGGAAAUGUGAUGAAUGUAGAGGCAACUGCCUGUUUAUUAACGAAAAGAGCGUCAAUACAGUGCUGUCGAAAAAAAUUGAUGCUUCACUUGGGCAAAUCAAAAAUGAAGUUCCUGCCAUAAAGGAUGAGCUGCUGAACCAUGCUGUCAAGGAGACUAACCCUCCAGCUGAUCCUCCUCGUUAUUCUGAUGUACUGCGCAACAGAACUCAACCAGCCAUUGUUAUUCGUCCGAAAAAUACAAAUCAGUCAGUAACUCAAACCAAGACGGACAUUCUAAAGUCAGUUGAUCCUGUUGAAGCCAACAUCCAUCUGGGUAAAGUUUGUGAUAUCAAGGAAGGUGGGAUAGUGCUUGGUUGUAAGAGCAAAGCGGAUAACUUAAAACUGCUUUCCAUUGCAAAAGAAAAGUUAGGUGAUUCAUACGUCAUCAAAGAAGUUGCUGGCAUUAAUCCUAGGGUACGAAUAGUUGGAUUGUCUGGCGAAUACUCCGAUGAGCAGAUACGUAGCUACCUUCUGAAGGGUAAUCCUGACGUGUUUUGUGGUGAUGUUGAGUGUAAAGUUUUGAAAACAUAUGCUGUUAAAAAAAAUAGAAUCUUCCAAUCUGUCUUACAAAUAGAUAGAGUUUCCUAUGUUAGAGUCAUGAAGGGUACUUAUUAG